AUGUCUUCACCCGCUUCCAUGGCAGAACUUGCGCUUCAGGACUACGAGACGCAGCUGAUGCAGCUUGAGCAGCACAACAGGGCACGAAUGCUGAUGGUCAUACAGCAGCAAGAACGCAACUAUGACUACCUGGAGGAGCCACCUUCGAGCGCACAAGCACUGAUCGAAUCCAUGCCCGAUGCCCACACUGCUGCGCUGCAUUUGGAUCAUGUCUUGCAGACGAGUUCGUCCAGGGGAGCGGCAGAAAACAAGUGGUUGGAGCUCCACAUGAUCGAGGGCAAAGAUGACGUCUUCUUGGAGCGGCCGUCGUGGGCCUGGACCUCGGCGUAUCACCGACAUCUGGAUUUCUGCCAAAAGACCCGAGUCGCUGACGACAGCAAACAUUCACAACGACUACUGUCAGAGGCCAGUUUUGUGGUCCGCAAAUACUAUCGACAUCACUGCCAGCCAAAACAACCAGUACAUAUCCCUACUUCGAACACAAUACCCCAAGCACCAGCCGCCCGCCUACCUAUCCCAGCCAAAGAAACCAUCGAGAUACGGUCCGAUGAAGUCGCUACAGCGCUUAAACAGUUCCUCCAGAGACAACCGAAUUUCACGACGGACUUUCCGAACUGGGACUUUGCUGCGCCGUUGGAAUCGCCUUUUCUGUUUUGGUACCAGUAUGGCAGCCAACCUCUACCCGAAUCCACGUCCCAACGGCAGGCAGAGCUACUGCGCCCGCUUUUCUCGUGGCUCGCCAGCAGCUAUGGCGCAGUACACACCGAGAUUGCGGCCAAGCUUGCUCGAGGGGUCGUGUCCAGGUCGACCAUGCAAUUCCUUUUCCGUCCCGGGCAGGCCUUGGUCGACGUGGCCGCGGAAGGGACCCAAGGCUACAUUUCUACAUCGUGGCCGCGGUGGCGGUCGAGGAGUACACCAGAGUGCGUCUCCAUCAGGGACGAAUGGGAAGUCACGGCAUGGUCGUACGCGUUUCGGCCGGGGGGUUUCGAUCCCGUCCAAGUUCGCCUGCGAAUCUUCCUCGAUGCACCUGACGGGGGUUCAGAAUUCGACGCGAGCACGUUGGACAUUCGUCCGGUGUCGUUUGUCAGCGGGGACAUGCAAGCCAAGCUGCGAUUUCGAGGAGCAAACUUGUGGAAGGUGCGGAAUGGAGGCUAUUACGAAUACCAGAUCGAUGCUCGACAUGACUUGAACCUGCAACGAGGGAGAUGCUUGAUCGAUAUCGACGAGUAUAGCCGUCUGACCCCGCCAUCCGGGGAGCCAGCCCUGGGAGUGCCGAGGCCCAGGUCCAUGCAGCCGAGCGAUGAUCACUUAUUAGUGUUCCCCAACAAGAUACCAGUCUAUGACCUUUGCAGGGAAACUUGGGAGCAAGUGGCGCCAGAAGAUAUCCGAGAGGUCGUCUUUGUAGAGUCACCAAGCACCAAAAGUGCCCUCAGCAGGCAAAAGUGGCAGGUUCUGGAGCAGCGGAUGGCCCCUGACCGCGACAGAGAGGCCGGAUCCAAGCCGCUGGUCAGUUUGUUCCACGGCCCUCCUGGGACCGGGAAAACGUUUACAGCCAGUAUGAUUUCCGAACUCCUCAGGAGGCCGCUGUUUCGUGUGGCCUGCAGAGACAUGGCAAUCAAUCUCGAGACCGUCCGGACGCGGCUGGAUCCGAUAUUUGCGCUUGCGAAGAAGUGGAACGGAAUGGUGCUGCUCGAGGACGCGGAUCAUCUCGUGCAGCAGCAAUACGAGUCUCCCUCUGACCAGGGGCAGAAAGACCGUCUUGGCCUCGUCUUUUAUCUGCUACGGCUGUUUCAAAAUUUCAACGGCGUGGUGAUAGUGACGACGAGUUGCGUCGAAGCCUUUGACGAAAAGCUAAAAACGGAGGCUUUUUUCAACCUCAAGUUUCACGGGCUCGACGGAGCUGGCUGCAGGACAGUCUGCCUCAACUUGAUUGAUGUGUUAAUGCAGAGAUGGCUGGGCAGGGCCGGAGCGGGAGCAGCGGCGGUGAAACGCAAGUUCGGGGAAGAAACUCGGGUCGCGGGAAAAGCAGCUGGCGCCAACGAUGCAGCCAUCCGGAGCGCCUGGCUUACUGCGGCACAGCCGCUGGAGAGGAUGGGCAUGAACGCCUGGGAGAUAACAAGGGCCUUUGAGACUGCGCUGCGCUUGGCUGGUUCUGAGAGGACAAACCCGUUACCGGCUCACUUGACCCAGACCCACUGCGCGGCGACGGACUCUCAUCGCUCUUGGCGCACGUUAUCGGCGGAUGCUUUGGUCCUUGCACAAAAAGUGAAGGCCAAG